AUGUUCCUGACAGAGGACCAGGAUCCCGAGGAACUGAAGAAGGAGGCCAAUGCGAAGUGGGCACAGGGCGAGGCGGAAGAGGCGAACGCCCUUUGGAGACAGGCACUGAAAGAGUGCAUCAAAUACUCCAUGAGGGGAUUUCCAACGAAGAAGAACCGAGACAUGCAACUGAGUUUGCGCCUGAACCUAUCCCUUUACCAUUUUAAAAAAGGAGAAUACCAUGAGUGCAUUAACCAGUGCGACAUCAUUUUGGAUGGCGUGGAGGACCUGGACGGAGUGCUCCGUCAGUACGAGAUGGACAUUGCACCGGUGAGGGUUAUGCAGACGAACAUUGCGCAGGAGGAAAUUACGCUCACAACCGAUACAGGGGAAGAGGACGCACUAUCAGAGGCACGAGAACAGGGCAACUGCAUGCUCAGGAGAGAUACAUUGGUGAAGCUUUUUCUCCGCAGGGCGUAUUCUUAUCUGAUGCUUCAGGAGUUCGACAGGUGUAGAGAGAACCUCCGGCUGGUGAAACGAAUAGACAAGGGGAAUGCCGAGAUGAUUAGUUUAGAAAGGAAGGAGCAAGUGGAGAGAGUCGCUUAUGAGAAAAUGCAGAAACAGUUGUACAGGCGAAUGUGCAGCACCAGUAGCGCGUUGCAGGAGUCCAAGGAGAAAUGA